ACCGCCCCGCGACGCUGUGGCUUGCGCUGGAAGAAGCGGAAGAAGAUGGCGCUCACCAGCUUUUUACCUGCGCCCACUCAGCUGUCUCAGGACCAACUUGAAGCUGAAGAAAGAGCAAGAUCUCAGAGAUCACGGCAGACCUCUUUGGUCUCUUCACGAAGGGAGCCUCCCCCGUACGGGUACCGGAAAGGCUGGAUUCCGCGCUUGUUAGAGGAUUUUGGAGAUGGAGGUGCUUUCCCAGAAAUCCAUGUGGCCCAGUAUCCCCUGGAUAUGGGGCGAAAGAAAAAAAUGUCGAAUGCACUGGCCAUACAGGUGGAUCCUGAAGGGAAAAUCAAAUACGAUGCAAUCGCUCGACAGGGGCAGUCCAAAGACAAGGUCAUUUACAGCAAAUACACUGACCUGGUUCCAAAGGAGGUUAUGAAUGCAGAUGACCCAGACCUGCAAAGGCCUGAUGAAGAAGCUAUUAAGGAGAUAACAGAGAAGACAAGAGUAGCCCUGGAGAAGUCCGUAUCGCAGAAGGUUGCUGCAGCCAUGCCAGUUCGUGCAGCUGACAAGUUGGCUCCUGCUCAGUAUAUUCGCUACACACCGUCUCAACAAGGUGUAGCAUUCAACUCUGGAGCUAAACAGAGAGUUAUUCGGAUGGUAGAAAUGCAGAAAGAUCCAAUGGAGCCACCAAGAUUCAAGAUUAAUAAGAAAAUUCCUCGGGGACCACCGUCUCCUCCUGCACCUGUGAUGCAUUCUCCUAGUCGGAAGAUGACUGUAAAGGAACAGCAAGAGUGGAAGAUCCCCCCGUGUAUUUCCAACUGGAAGAACGCAAAGGGUUAUACAAUUCCUCUGGAUAAGCGGCUGGCUGCUGAUGGAAGAGGACUUCAGACCGUGCACAUAAACGAAAAUUUUGCCAAACUGGCUGAAGCUCUAUACAUUGCUGAUCGGAAGGCUCGUGAAGCUGUGGAAAUGCGAGCCCAAGUGGAGAGAAAGAUGGCUCAGAAAGAAAAGGAGAAGCAUGAAGAGAAACUUAGAGAAAUGGCCCAGAAAGCCAGAGAGAGGAGAGCUGGGAUCAAAACCCACGUGGAAAAAGAGGAUGGAGAAGCACGCGAAAGGGAUGAAAUCCGUCAUGACAGGCGAAAAGAGAGACAGCAUGACCGGAACCUUUCCAGGGCAGCCCCUGAUAAGAGGUCAAAACUACAGAGAAAUGAAAAUCGAGAUAUCAGUGAAGUCAUUGCUCUUGGUGUGCCCAAUCCUCGAACUUCCAAUGAAGUUCAGUAUGACCAGAGGCUCUUCAACCAAACCAAGGGUAUGGACAGUGGAUUUGCAGGUGGAGAAGAUGAAAUUUAUAAUGUUUAUGAUCAGGCCUGGAGAGGUGGUAAAGAUAUGGCUCAAAGCAUCUACAGGCCCAGUAAAAAUCUGGACAAGGAUAUGUAUGGUGAUGACCUAGAAACCAGGAUAAAGACAAACAGAUUUGUUCCUGAUAAGGAGUUUUCUGGUUCAGAUCGUAGACAGAGAAACCGAGAGGGACCAGUUCAGUUUGAGGAAGAUCCUUUUGGUUUGGACAAAUUUUUGGAAGAAGCCAAACAGCAUGGUGGUUCUAAAAGACCUUCUGAUAGCAGUCGUCCUAAGGAGCAUGAGCACGAAGGCAAGAAGCGGAGGAAAGAGUAGAUAGGAUCCUUUCCUGAAAGCCAGUGGACUCUGUUCAGACCCUGAUGAUGCAGAUCAUUGGGAAACCCUUUGUAAACCAUCAGGAUAAAAACCAAAUCUGGGCGGGAGAGCCCAGCACUACUUUUUAUUCCAGGAGAUGGGGGGAGGGGUUUGGAUAUUCUACUUUGGAUUAGUUUUUUUUUAAGAAUGGGUUAUGUUUGUGCUUCUCCCGUCGUG